AGUUGAGCAGUGGGCAUGACCAAGCCCUGGAGUGAUGCUAAGGUCCUACAUGGCAUCUGUUUGCUCACUCCUAAAUGCUUCCAUGUUGCAAACAUAUUUGGUAUUCUUUUUCUUUUCUUUCAGAUCCUGUUUGACCAGGCUCAGAGGUCUGUUCGGCAGCAGCUGCACAAUUUUGUGAAAGAUGAUGUCCGGAAAUUCAAGGAAACCAAGAAACAGUUUGACAAGGUGAGAGAAGACAUGGAGAUUUCACUGGUGAAGAAUGCCCAGGCGCCUCGGCACAAACCCCAUGAAGUGGAGGAGGCAACAGGAACCCUGACCAUAACCAGAAAAUGUUUUCGGCAUCUGGCCCUCGACUACGUGUUGCAGAUCAAUGUCCUGCAGGCCAAGAAGAAGUUUGAAAUACUGGAUGCGAUGCUGUCCUUCAUGCACGCCCAGUACACCUUCUUCCAGCAGGGCUACAGUCUUCUCCAUGAGUUGGAUCCCUACAUGAAGAAGCUUGCCACAGAGCUGGACCAGCUGGUGAUUGAUUCCGCAGUGGAGAAGAGAGAGAUGGAGCAUAAGCAUGCAAUGAUACAGCAGAGGACCCUCCUGCAGGACUUCUCCUAUGAUGACUCAAAGGUGGAGUUUAAUGUCGAUGCCCCAAAUGGAGUGGUGAUGGAAGGCUACCUUUUCAAGAGAGCCAGCAAUGCUUUCAAAACAUGGAAUCGGAGGUGGUUCUCCAUACAGAACAGCCAGCUGGUGUACCAGAAAAAACUAAAGGAUGUCCUCACGGUGGUGGUGGAAGACCUGAGGCUCUGUACUGUCAAGCCAUGUGAAGACAUAGAGAGGAGGUUCUGCUUUGAGGUUGUCUCGCCUACCAAGAGCUGCAUGCUGCAGGCUGACUCGGAGAAGCUGCGUCAGGCCUGGAUUCAGGCUGUUCAAGCCAGCAUCGCUUCUGCGUACCGGGAGAGUCCUGACAGCUACUAUAUUGAAAGACUGGACCGAACUGCUUCCCCAUCAACCAGCAGCAUUGAUUCUGCUACCGACUCACGGGACCGCAAUGUGAAAGGGGAGACCAUCUUGCAAAGAGUGCAGAGCAUCCCUGGGAACGACCAGUGCUGUGACUGUGGUCAGCCAGAUCCCCGGUGGGCCAGCAUCAACCUGGGCAUUCUGCUAUGCAUUGAGUGCUCUGGUAUCCACAGGAGUCUGGGUGUCCACUGCUCCAAAGUCCGAUCUCUCACACUGGACUCCUGGGAGCCAGAGUUACUGAAACUGAUGUGUGAGCUGGGGAACAGCACCAUGAAUCAGAUCUAUGAGGCACAAUGUGAAGAACUGGGACUUAAGAAACCAACAGCAGGGAGCUCCAGGCAGGACAAGGAAGCCUGGAUCAAGGUGAAAUACGUGGAGAAGAAAUUCCUGAAGAAGCUACCAAGUGGAGAGGCUCUGGCAGAGAACGAGCGGAAACCUCGACGUUGGUGUGUGAAGAAAUGCCAGAGGAACAACAGCACCACAAAAGCACCCACAGCUCGGAGGAAGUACCGCCACGAAGCGGGCAACGCAUCACCAGCCAUGUUGUCAUCAGCAGCCACGCUGGAGAGGAAGUUCCGUCGAGAUUCCCUCUUUUGUCCUGAUGAGCUGGACUCUCUCUUCUCCUACUUUGACACUGGUGCUGGCUCUGGCCCAUGCAGUGCCAGCCACAUCUCUAUGCAGCAUCCGCUAACAGGUGGCCCAUGGAGUGGCAGUGGCAUUGGUCCCGGUGGGAGCGGUAUGCCGUUCCUCCUGGACGGAGGUCUGAGCAGUGACAGCGGACUUGGAGGAAGCACAGAUGGCAGCACUGAUAUCCUGGUGUUUGGCUCUGUGGUGGACAGUGUGACAGAGGAAGAGUGUGAGGUGUCAGAGGAGUCGAGUGGAGAAGCAGAGAUUGAACAGGAGGCAUCAGAUCUGGAGGACCUGAGGGAGCUGCAUCCUGGCUUGUUGAUCUACAGGGCAGCACAGGCCCGAAACCUGCCGCUCAUGGCAGAAGCCCUGGCACAUGGUGCUGAGGUCAACUGGGUGAAUGAUGAAGAUGAAAACAAAACUCCUCUGGUUCAAGCUGUGAUGGGGGGCUCCUUGAUAGCCUGUGAAUUCCUGCUGCAGAAUGGGGCAGACGUUAACCAAAAAGAUAGCCGAGGCCGGGCUCCCUUGCAUCAUGCCACAUAUAUGGGACAUACUGGCCAGGUCUGCUUGUUCCUCAAGCGAGGUGCAAACCAGCAUGCAGUGGACAGUGACGGGCAGGACCCGCUCAGUAUUGCAGUCCAGGCAGCCAACGCAGACAUUGUUACCUUGCUGCGUCUGGCUCGAAUGAAUGAGGAAAUGCGAGAAGCAGAGGGCCCCUUUGGACAGCCAGGUCAAUAUCCCAGCAACAGCCCCACUGAGCUCCAGUACAAGAAGUGUAUACAGGAGUUCAUCAGCCUUAAUAUAGAUGAGUGUUAGUGACAACUUCCCCACUUCCCCUUUUGCUGUCUUGAAAUGGGGCUGGAUUUUUGGAAGCCCCAAGAGCCCCAUUCUUGGUAUAUUGGUGUUUCUAGCAGAUUGGUCUGUUUUUGAUGCCUGAGCAUAUGGGUUGAAAUGCACGCAGGAAGGAAUGGGGUCUUUCCUCUUAGUGUGAAGUUCUCAUACUUGACUACUGGAUGGUUGAUUUUGUGUAGGAGACUCUUGGGGCAUAACCACAGACCAUGACGUGUGGAUUUGAGUGUGUGGAAAAAGUAUGGGAGAUGAGUUUAGCAUUAAAUAAACAAAAAAAAACACCAAAAAAAAAAAAAAAGGAAAGAAGAAAAGGAAACCCUCUAUCACCAGGAGAAGCCCACCAACAAUACGAUCAGACGAACCUGUCGUGUCUCUCCUUCAGUGUAGUCACCGUGCACUGAAUUCUUGUCUGAACAAUUUGUUUGGAAGGGAUUCUGAUGGGGAGCCCUCUCCUGGCAGUGUGCCCAGCAGCCUGCUUUCUCCUGGGAGUCUGCAGCAUCUGCGAGCUGCUGGGACCAGUUUAGAAAACUCAGACGUGACCUCUAAGUUGGGAACGUGGCGUUUCUUGGGGUAGAUACUUCGCUCCAGAAGGCAAAAGAGAAGGGGUAGAAUUGAGAGCGAUGGCUGCCCACCUUACUUGCUCUCAGGACUAUUACUAGCCACGCUCCCCUUUUAUUGGCCUUGGUGGUUAGCUGGUCAAAGCCAUAGCUCACCUGCUUCCUGGACAAGAUGCAGUCUGCACAGUGGUAUGGAAGCAGCGAUGCUAAUCUUUUGAGGCUGGGAGAAGCUUGUCGCUGGCGAUGGGCUUUUGUGUCAGGGAAGAAAAGCCAAGUCCAACUCCCAGUGCCAAAACGGCUGUCUGCACGAUGCCAUUUGGUUUGGUUUGUUUCCUAGUCACCGGAUUUCUGACUUUGCAUCUCUGUGAAGGAGACUUCUACCUGCAUGUGUAUCCCUCUGUGCUCACCCCGCAUGCUGAAGCAUGUGAGUAGGGCAUCUCAGCAGCUGGCCCAGGGACUUCUGACUUUCCCAGUUCCAGUGGCCGGCACAAUCUUCUUUUGGUUUCUUUCCUUUCUGGUGUUAUUCUUUGCUGGAGUGGGAAUGUGUUUUGACUCGGAGCACUCUGUUGCUAAUGUUUAUGGUCUGUGUUCUGGGGAUCAUUCUGCAUUAGCUGUGCAGAGGUGCUGUCUCUAGUGGACAUACAGAACACGUGUACCACUGAUAGAUUGUCCUCUGGCUGGGAAUUUGGAUGCCAAGCUGAGAUGUGCUCCUGUAAGAGCCACUUCAGCAUGCCCUCAAACUGCUGUAGACAUCAGUGUGUUUCAGGACUCGUGGGUGGCAACCCACAGUUGAUAUUUAGCCUGCCUGGGCACCUAGGCUGCUAGGUGUUGGGCCAUAGUGCCUUACAGAUAGUUUUGGGAUCCUGAGGGGGUCAGGAUCUCAUAAGGAACGCAAAAUACCAGGCAGAGUCCCCCAUUCUGCUGCAUUACAUCCGCAGUGAUACGCAAUCACGCUAUUUUUCAUCCGAUACCUUUGACUUCUUUCCUUUCUUUGCAAACUGGCUGCGGCCCUUGGUGGGUUCAGUCCUUCCAGGUUUAUUUCUAAGGGCAUCGGUCUGUCCUCAGGAGAACAACCAGCUCUUCGCUUGAGAUUGUGCCCUCAGAGACCAAACCGGCUGCACCUCAACUCCACCCAUUUGUCUGAAGGUAGAAAAAUCAAGAAGCUCAGGCUCUGGCAGCCAUCUUCUCAGUUCAAGGGAGAGUCCCUGCUCGCUUGGGAAGUUGCUGUCCCGCAUUCUGCUUCAGAUCACAGUUUUCUGUCUGUGUAAUCUGUGGCUUGAAGUUCAUCUUUCUCUUGGGGCUUUCUCAUUCCUGUUCCCUUUGGAGCUGGGAGAUGCCCAGUGCCACAGCCCCAGCUGUGUCGUGAACCCGAAAUAGUCCUAGUGAACACACUGAGCCUGCUGCAGAAUGGUUGUAAGGGGGAAUCUGGCCUCAGGGCCUUUCUUUCUCCCCUAAAUAACGAAAUUCAUGAGCUUAGCCCCAUCCGCUUCCAUCACUCCACCUGUUCUGAGUGCUUUGUACUCGGCCCACUGCUGCUGGAUUUGGGCCCCAUUGGACACCCUCCUUGUGAGCUGAGCCUGCUGGUUUUGCAGCCAGCCUUCAGCAGGGCUGUGCCCUAUCAGCACUUCAAUGCUCAGAGCAGGACAGGAACCAGUGUGCAGCCCAAAACCGCCUUUGCUGCAGGGGUUAGGAAUUGAGAGACCUCUAAUUAAUUCUCUUCGAUGCCAUCUUACGCUGAUCUGCAUCAGUUUAGAUGUUAGAGCUGAUGUGGUCUCCCCAAGUUGUGCUCUUUUCUUGAAGAAGAAGACCACGCUGCAUCAAAGCUGGCAUCUUUCAGGGUACUUCAGAGAUGGUGAAAGCAGAAUCCACGUUUCACCACCACCGUGGUCCUGCUCUGUGAAUGAAUUUCAGCACGGUUAUCAUCUAGCAACGUUUUUCACAUGCACAACAACUUACAAGCACCCCAAUUGGCUUUCCAGCUUUUUAUGAGAAGUUAGAAAUAGGACUGACCUUUCUGUAAGCCGAUGAGGACCGGAGAUGUGGCUUCCAUUUUUGGGUCAUUUUAUUUCACAGUCAGCAUUAGUGACUCAUAAGAACAAGACAAAAAUCAUGUACAGGUAGAUCCAAUGAAGCUCAGACUCACUGCUGAAGUACAUGAAGUUGAAGCAUAUGUAAAUACUGAUGCAAAAAGCAGUGUCUUGCAAGACAAUUUAUUUAACAUGUAUUGGUACUUUAUUUAGAUUCAAUGUAUAAAGAGACUUUGUGCACUUUUCCUACAUACAGUAUUGGGGGGUUUUAUGUUCUUUUGUUAUGGGUUUUGUGCUGUCUUUUUUAAUCAGUGAAAUUGUUAAGUAUUUAAUUUAUUAUUGAUGUGCCCAGAGGACUAGUGCAAUUUUUAUUCAAUACAGUUUGUCUGUAUUUAACGUCAGGAUUUUUUUGUAGCAGUGUUAGGGAAUAUUUUUCAAAUCCUGCCUUUUUUUUCCCUACCAUUUUCCUUUCUCUCCCUCUCCCCCCCACCCCCUUUUCUCUUCUAUUUUCAUUAUACAGAUCGUGAGGCAUCAAAUGCCUCUAGUUUGUAAUAUAACCAAACACUUUAGUACGUCCUGCGGUUUCUAAAACAAACAAAAAAAAAAAGGUUCUCCAGGAAAAUAAUGUUAAGGAGGCACUUCUCAAUGUUUUCUGUGUUUAUUUGCUUUCUUGGAUUGGGGUGUGUGUGUGUGUGUGCGUGUGCCUAGAUGCAUGGAGUGGGAAAGUCAUACAAAAAAGUUUGUUUUCAGCAAAAUGAAUGGCCAACCAGCUCAAGGGAAGGUUAGACGUGAGCACUCACUUUCUUUAAAUCCAAGUACAGCUAUAUUUGUGUUGUACAAUCAUGUUUGAAAUAUUUAAUGCCAAAAACUACUCUGCUUGUUCUCGAGGAGUGCGUUCAGUAUCUCGAUGCCAGUGACUUGCACCCACACUUAACAUGAGAAGCUUUGCCUUUGUCUAGAAAGCAACAUGCCAGGCGUUCUCCAAACACAAACGGACUGAAACCUGCAGAUUCUGUCAUCUCCUGUGUUUUUGAGAGCUGUGUGAAUAUUUAUAUACCUGUACCAGCUUUUGAGUUGACCCAAACCCUGUAACCAGGCGUCUGGAAGCGUAACCUAGGUUUCAAUUUUAGGGGUCUGGCAUAUCGCCCAUUCCACGUGGGACAACUUCAAGUUGCUGGCAAGUUGAAAUGAUCCCCCUUGUGAUCCCCCUCCAUGUGUCAUCUGGGGUUGCCUCAGGUGUUUUUGAUAUCAUGGUCUCUGCAGUAUGCAGUUCCUUAGAGCAGUCUCAAGGCAAAACACGGCACAGGAA